UCGCCAUCAUUCGUCAAUUGAAUUCAGUAGUGAUCAGUUGUGUGCCGUUCAGGAUGAAGUUUUAUUUACUUGGAUUACUGGGAUGCUUUGUUUUCAAAAAUUUGGUUACCUGCCAACAUGACCAUCACUCUCAUCAACAUCAUCAUCAUCGUCCUGAUCAUCAUCAUCAUCAUCAUCAUCACCAUCCAGACGGGUAUCACCAUGGAUGGUCGUGGCACAAUCAUCAUCACGGACACCAUGGUAGGCACCAUUGGCCUCAUCACCUUAACUUCGAAAUCCGUGAACCGAAAGGGUUGGAGUGUUCCAUGAUCCAGAUGGUACCAAGCCAAACAUUUUUCAGCAUUGAAUUGUACAUCAAUCAAGAUCCCAGAGAAAACGAAACUCAGUGUGAUGUUUGUCGCAAUACGACUGAUGUGACGUACAAAAAGUUCAUCAUUGAAGAUGAGGAUGUUGUGAUCAGGAAGGGGGAUUUACUGAGCUAUUACGUGUAUUCGGGGAACGAAUCUAACGCUAUUCGUCAUCAGCUGCAACAAAUAUGGGUAACAGAUUCCAUCAUCAAAAAGUGCAAUUGCGAUGUUGCGACUGAAACUCCAGACAUCGAUGUACGGAUAGCUGAAAAACCUUCUGAUCGGCCAAGCUUCGACAAUAAUCCGUUCCAAUCCCGUCCGUCCGUACCAUCUGUUCAGCCUCCCAAGGAUGGUGUAACAACGGAAGAUCCUUUCGAUUUCGACGAAAUAGAGAAAUCCCAUCAGAAUGAUCUGUCCUCGUCAGAAGAAAAACGUUUUGAAUGUGAUCUUGAUCCAGCAACUAAUCUGUGUCGUACAGCGAAAACAGGAUCCAAAAAAUCUAUACCAACAUCACAGGAUCUUCAGCAGGAGCUGCAAAUUCUUAGAGGGAUUAUUAUUCAAAUGAAGGACGGGUGUACUGCUAGACGCAGCAGUAACAACUUACUGCUAAAGCAAGCACCCAUUCAGGCGAACGGUAUUGAGCAGCUGACCAGUUUUGUUCGAUCUGCGCUUGCGGUUUGUCCGGAAUUGGAAGAGUUGGGUAAUGGAAUUCACCGGGUAAUACCGGUUGGUCCUGCUAUCGGGCGGGGAGUGAUUUUCGAGAUGAGCAACUACGUGGAUAAACAGAAGGUGUUGUAUCAUGCAAGAUUGCAUAAACUUGAACAGGUCGUCGAUUAUGACGUUGCCAGUAAGGGCUACUAGAAAGGCGGGCCGAUUAUCGCAAACGUUUUGCUUAAGUUUUUUUACUGGCUGACUAUAUUCGUUUUAAUUUGUACGUGCAAUAAAAAUAAUCAAUAAAAAUAAUCAUUCGGUGUUAUCACA